GCAACCCCAUUUAGCAAACAGUGAGUCUACUACAUAUAUAAACCAGGUUUCUACACACUACACACACAUAUGACAUAACUCACCCUCAAACAGAUUUCCCAUGGCUCCCCAGCUUCUCCUCUCUUCUCCCCUCACCGGCCAAUCUCAAGCAGUCCUGGCAGCAGCAACCCUUCUGCUGUGUGCUUUUGCUUUGUUCAUGUGUGCCUCCCAUUCGCGGAAAUGGCGUCGUUUGAGUGGUGGUUGCCACAGCUUCCAUGAUGCAGACCCUGUUAUACAAGUUGAUUCAGAUGCAGUGUUCAUAGCUAGACAUGGGGCUCAGCCUGGUGAUGGUGAUGGUGAAGAAGGGGAAGCAUCAGUAUGGCAGAGGAACAUACUCAUGGGAGGGAAGUGCCAGCUGCCUGAUUUUUCUGGUGUUAUAAUUUAUGAUUCUGCAGGAAAUGUUGUCUCUAAUGCCAAAACUUCUGGUGCAACCCUGAGCUUGAAGUGAUGGAAAUAUGUGUACGAAAUUUGAAAUGCUGAUUUAAUGUUUCAUUAUUCAAUAUUGAUUUUGAACAAACUUA